CUAGGCAGCGGAAGUGGAGCUUGCUUUACAUCCGUCCUCCCCGCCUCGCAGAGUUGGGAGAAGGAAGGCUGGGGGGUGUGGAAAAAUAAAAGGAAAAGUCCUUGCACCAUGUAGAGCAGCGCCCCCCACCCUGGCACCCCCUCCGGCCGGAGGCCACCCAGUCUGCGGCCAUGAACGCGAGCAGCGAGGGCGAGAGCUUCCCGGGCUCCGUGCAAAGUGGCACCACGGUGCUGGUGGAGCUGACUCCUGACAUCCACAUCUGCGGCAUCUGCAAGCAGCAGUUUAACAACCUGGACGCCUUUGUAGCCCACAAGCAGAGUGGCUGCCAGCUGACUAGCACGCCCGGGGCGGCCCCCAGCACGGUCCAGUUUGUAUCGGAGGAAACGGUGCCUGCCACGCAGACUCAGACCACCACCAGAACCAUCACCUCGGAGACCCAGACGAUCACAGUUUCAGCUCCAGAAUUUGUUUUUGAACAUGGCUAUCAAACUUAUCUGCCCACGGAAAGCAAUGAAAACCAGACAGCCACUGUCAUCUCUCUCCCUGCCAAGUCACGUGCCAAAAAGCCCACAGCACCUCCUGCUCAGAAAAGGCUUAACUGUUGCUAUCCAGGUUGCCAAUUCAAGACUGCCUAUGGCAUGAAGGACAUGGAGCGUCAUUUAAAAAUUCACACAGGAGACAAACCCCACAAGUGUGAAGUCUGCGGCAAGUGCUUUAGCCGGAAGGACAAACUGAAGACCCACAUGCGGUGUCACACGGGCGUGAAGCCCUACAAAUGCAAGACGUGCGACUACGCUGCUGCCGACAGCAGCAGCCUCAACAAGCACCUGCGGAUCCAUUCCGACGAGCGGCCCUUCAAAUGCCAGAUAUGCCCCUACGCCAGCCGCAACUCCAGCCAGCUCACCGUCCACCUCCGAUCCCACACAGGGGACGCCCCCUUCCAGUGCUGGCUCUGUAGCGCCAAGUUCAAAAUCAGCUCGGACUUGAAAAGGCACAUGCGCGUGCACUCGGGGGAGAAGCCUUUCAAGUGCGAGUUCUGCAGUGUCCGCUGCACCAUGAAGGGCAACCUCAAGUCGCACAUCCGCAUCAAGCACAGCGGGAAUAACUUCAAGUGUCCGCACUGCGACUUCCUGGGGGACAGCAAGGCCACCCUCCGGAAGCACAGCCGGGCGCACCAGGCGGAGCAGCCCGAGAAGUGCCCCGAGUGUAGCUACUCCUGCUCCAGCGCGGCCGCCCUGCGCGUGCACGAGCGCACCCACUGCCCCGACCGCCCCUUCAAGUGUCGCUACUGCAGCUUCGACACCAAGCAGCCCAGCAACCUGAGCAAGCACGUGAAGAAGUUCCACGGCGACGUGGUCAAGAGCGAGGCCCUGGAGAGGAAGGACGCGGGCCGGCAGAGCAGCCGGCAGGUGGCCAAGCUGGACGCCAAGAAGACUUUCCACUGCGACCGAUGCGAUGCCUCGUUCAUGCGGGAGGACUCGCUCCGCAGCCACAAGAGGCAGCACAGUGAGUACGGUGAGAACAAGAACUCGGACGUGACCGUCCUGCAGUUUCAGAUCGACCCCAGCAAGCAGCCCGCCGCGCCCCUCACUGUGGGGCACCUCCAGGUGCCCCUCCAGCCCGGCCAAGUGCCCCAGUUCAGCGAGGGGAGAGUCAAAAUCAUCGUGGGGCAUCAGGUGCCCCAGGCGAACACCAUCGUCCAGGCUGCGGCUGCCGCGGUGAACAUCGUCCCCCCCGCCUUGGUGGCCCAGAACGCGGAGGAGCUCCCGGGGAACAGCCGGCUGCAGAUCCUGCGCCAGGUCAAUCUGAUCGCCCCUCCUCAGGCCUCCGGGUGUCCGAGCCAGGCGGGCGCGAUGACCCAGCCAGCUGUCCUGCUGACCACUCACGACCAGACUGACGGAGCCACUCUGCACCAGACUCUCAUCCCCACGGCCCCUGGGGGCCCCCAGGAAGGCUCUGGCGGCCAGACUUUCAUCACCAGUUCGGGUAUUACUUGCACUGACUUCGAAGGCCUUAACGCUUUGAUUCAGGAGGGGACCGCUGAAGUGACUGUGGUCAGCGAUGGGGGCCAGAACAUCGCCGUGGCCACCACCGCGCCGCCUAUAUUUUCCUCUUCUUCCCAGCAAGAGUUACCCAAGCAGACUUACUCCAUCAUUCAAGGAGGAGCCCACCCAACUUUGCUCUGUCCAGCAGAUUCUAUACCGGAUUAGUACUUAAAAAAACAAAAGAAAGGGGAAAAAAGGAGUGAUGAAAAAGAGGUCAUAAAUAGAAUUCUCUAAGAGGUUUGCUCUUAAUGUUUUUUUAAGGACUGUUGUGAGCCGUUGUUCCCCCCUCCCCCGUAAUAAUUGUAAUUUUAUACUGCUUACUGUAAUUUUUUAACCUGUAAUAACUUUGAGACCACCUCUGACUCGCCAUGUUCUAACUGUUGUAGAAUCUUAGACGUUACCAAGAUGUUUCCAAUGAGGGUCUGGAAUUAAAUGCAUUUAGUGAAUACAUUUGUUUGUUUCCAACUUGAUUUUGCAACUCUUAUAAUAAAGGUUUUUUCCACUUCAUUAAAUUUGUGAGUAGAUGGUACUUCCCAGCCUCUCUUAAGUCUCUCUUCUGAAAUACCCACCAGAGUUUGGGGUAUUCGUGUUUUAGUACAUGGAUACAAAUCUGUUGGCACAAAGGACCAUUUUCUGCAUAAUGUUAAUGGAUCUUUGACCAAAAAAAAUGUUUCGUGCUAAUAAGCAAAAAAGGAAUGGUUUCCUAAUAAACUGUUACAUGAUUAAAAUAUACUGAAUGUUAAUGAUUCUUUAGAGUCAUGGUAUGAUUUGGGAUUGAAGGGAUGUGAAUUAUCGUAAUUAAAGAGAACUUGGGGAAGCAAA